UCGCUGUCAGCCGCCGUCCCUCACCUUCUCCCCCUCGUUAUAUGCCCCAGGCUGUGCGCCGAAUCCAGGUAUUGACGUUGGGGGCAGAAUCGUUGAGGGGAGGAUUGGUUGAUAACGGCGUCGAUGGCGGUCCACCGGAUUCUUAGCCUCCGGCUUCUUUCCUACCUCUGCUUCCCUCUCCUACUCGGCUUCCGGUUCUACCGAUGCUUUACGUACCCGACGGAGAGCGCGAACCGCUCGACCCCGUCGUCGUCCCGCCCCGCGGCGGGCGUAGACCGGACCACCAAGAAACUGCGGAAGCCCUACACCAUCACCAAGUCGAGGGACAGGUGGACGGCCGAGGAGCACGAGAGGUUUCUCGAUGCUCUCCUGCUGUUUGGUCGUGAUUGGAAGAAAAUUGAAGAAUUUGUGGGUACCAAGACAACUAUUCAGAUUCGUAGUCAUGCUCAGAAGUACUUUCUAAAGGUACAGAAGAUUGGGUUAGCUGCUCAUGUGCCACCUCCUCAUCCUAAACGCAAAAUGGCUCAUCCAACCCAGCAAAUCAACCCCAACAAUGUAUCUGUGGAUUGCCUUUAUGCAUCUUCUCGAAUUCUUCCUGCAUGCUCUGUCUGGGAUAAUACCUCAAAUGAUGUAAAUUACACGCCCAGUGAAGCAACAUCUCUACCUGCUUGCUAUACCAUCAGUCCUGAUAUUGAAGGUGACAGUGGAAUAUUUGGCAAAACAAGCAUAUAUAGUCAAAACAUUGAUUGGAGUGGCAAUUUAAGUGGAUCUUUGUUAACUCAUCGGGCAACAAAACAAAGAAACCCACAUCCAGACUUUGCUCAAGUGUAUACCUUCAUUGGAAGUAUGUUUGAUCCGAACAUUACAUGGAGAGCGGAACAUUUCUUUGAAAAGUUACAAGAUGUCGAUCCAGUUACUGCUAAAAUUAUUCUGAUACUAAUGAGGAAUCUUGCUGUAAAUCUGACUAGCCCUAGUCUUGAACCUCUGAUAAGGUGGCUGGGCACGUAUGACGUGAACACAAGAAAGGUGGCAGCCAUCGGCGGAACUGCUGCUUUUGCAGAUAUAUAAUCUUACCUUUCACUUCAUCUGAAUAACUUGUUUCCAGGACAUCAUCAAAGAUCCGGAAGACGUGAGUGAACAACUGGAACCAUCGUCGAACGUUUGAUUCCUGCAAAAAGACACACCGGAUUACUCCCUGAAUUCCACCAUCCUCAUUUGCCAUGAAUAUUUAUUGCAUGUGUUUGAAGUAAUUCUUCAACUUAUGAUGAUUUAGUAAUAUUUGAUACGAUAAGUAUUUGGAUGACUAGUUUUCCUUACA